GAGGGUGGCGGCCGCCGGGGCGCGCGGGCCGUGUGUGUGCGCGCUCUGCCGCUCCGGGAGGAAGAUGGCCCAGGAGGGAAAGUUGGGGUGACGCGUGCUGCCCCCGGACGCUUGCCAGGGGGCACGGAGGAGAAAGCCCGACAGAGCGGCGGCCACCCGGGCUUGGGGGGGCGCGCAGUCUGGGGCGACGCCGCCGUCACCGCGCCCGCCCCCUCACUGCAGGUGGCCGCGGGAAGCUCCGAGUCUGGGUGGCCCGGGGGGCGCGGGCGGGCGCGCGCUGGGGAGCCCGGCUGAGGGAUGGGCUGCGCCCCCAGCAUCCAUGUCUCACAGAGCGGCGUGAUCUACUGCCGGGACUCAGAUGAGUCCAACUCGCCCCGCCAGACCAGCAGCCUGUCGCAGGGCCCCACGGCGCCCCUGCACGGCCUCUUCGUGCAGACCGACGCCGCCGACGCCAUGCCCCCGAGCCGCGCGGCGGGACCCCCGGGCGCUGUCCGAGUCCGCAAGUCCCGGGCUGAGCUGGGCAGUGGCAGCAGCACCGGGUCCUCGGGCCCCGCUGUGACCACCUGCCGGGGCCGGAGGCGUCACUGCUGCAGCAGCGCUGAGGCCGAAACCCAGACCAGCUACACAAGCGUCAAGCAGGUGUCUUCUGCGGAGGUACGCAUUGGGCCCAUGAGACUGACGCAGGACCCUAUCCAGGUUUUGCUCAUCUUUGCAAAGGAGGAUAGCCAGAGUGAUGGCUUCUGGUGGGCCUGUGACAGGGCUGGCUACAGAUGCAACAUUGCUCGCACUCCAGAGUCAGCCCUUGAAUGCUUUCUGGACAAGCAUCAUGAGAUUAUUGUGAUCGAUCACAGGCAAACCCGGAACUUCGAUGCAGAAGCAGUGUGCAGAUCAAUCCGGGCCACUAACCCCUCCGAGCACACUGUGAUCCUGGCCGUGGUUUCACAAGCAUCCGAUGACCAUGAAGAGGCCUCAGUUCUUCCUCUUCUCCAUGCAGGCUUCAACCGGAGAUUUAUGGAGAAUAGCAGCAUAAUUGCUUGCUAUAAUGAACUGAUUCAAAUAGAACACGGGGAAGUUCGCUCACAGUUCAAAUUACGGGCCUGUAAUUCAGUGUUUACAGCGUUAGACCACUGUCACGAAGCCAUAGAAAUAACAAGUGAUGAUCACGUGAUUCAGUAUGUCAACCCCGCCUUUGAGAGGAUGAUGGGCUACCACAAAGGGGAACUUCUGGGGAAAGAGCUGGCUGACCUACCUAAGAGUGACAAGAACCGGGCAGACCUCCUGGACACCAUCAAUACGUGCAUCAAGAAGGGAAAGGAGUGGCAGGGGGUUUACUAUGCCAGACGGAAAUCCGGGGACAGCAUCCAACAGCACGUGAAGAUCACCCCAGUGAUUGGCCAAGGAGGGAAAAUUAGGCAUUUUGUCUCCCUCAAGAAGCUGUGCUGCACCAGUGACAAUAACAAACAGAUUCACAGGAUCCAUCGUGAUUCCGGGGAUAACUCCCAAACAGAGCCUCAUUCAUUCAGACACAAGAGCCGAAGGAAAGAGUCCAUUGAUGUGAAAUCAAUAUCUUCUCGAGGCAGCGAUGCUCCAAGCCUACAGAAUCGACGCUACCCAUCCAUGGCAAGGAUCCACUCCAUGACCAUAGAGGCCCCCAUCACAAAGGUUAUAAAUAUAAUCAACGCAGCUCAAGAGAACAGCCCAGUUACAGUAGCAGAAGCCUUGGACAGAGUUCUAGAAAUUUUACGGACCACAGAACUGUACUCCCCUCAGCUCGGAACCAAAGAUGAAGACCCUCACACCAGUGAUCUUGUUGGAGGUCUGAUGACUGACGGCUUGAGAAGACUGUCCGGGAAUGAGUAUGUGUUCACAAAGAAUGUACACCAGAGUCACAGUCACCUUUCGAUGCCUAUAACCAUCAAUGAUGUCCCCCCUAGUAUCGCCCAGUUACUGGAUAAUGAGGAAAGUUGGGACUUCAAUAUCUUUGAACUGGAAGCAGUUACACAUAAAAGGCCACUGGUGUACCUGGGUUUAAAGGUCUUCUCUCGGUUUGGAGUAUGCGAAUUUUUAAAUUGUACUGAGACCACUCUCCGGGCCUGGUUGCAAGUGAUCGAAGCCAAUUACCACUCCUCCAAUGCCUACCACAAUUCCACCCACGCUGCCGACGUCCUCCAUGCCACAGCUUUCUUCCUUGGAAAGGAAAGAGUGAAGGGCAGCCUGGACCAGCUGGAUGAGGUGGCUGCUCUGAUCGCGGCGACAGUCCACGACGUGGAUCACCCUGGAAGGACCAACUCCUUCCUGUGUAACGCAGGCAGCGAGCUCGCUGUGCUCUACAACGACACCGCGGUCUUGGAGAGUCACCACACAGCCCUGGCCUUCCAGCUCACGGUCAAGGACACCAAGUGCAACAUUUUCAAGAAUAUUGACAGGAACCAUUAUCGAACGCUACGCCAGGCUAUUAUCGACAUGGUUUUGGCCACGGAGAUGACAAAACACUUUGAACAUGUGAACAAAUUUGUGAACAGCAUCAACAAGCCCCUGGCAGCUGAGAGUGAGGGCAGCGACUGUGAAUGCAACCCUACUGGCAAGAACUUCCCUGAAAACCAAAUCCUGAUCAAGCGCAUGAUGAUUAAGUGUGCUGACGUGGCCAACCCAUGCCGACCCCUGGACCUGUGCAUUGAGUGGGCCGGGCGGAUCUCCGAGGAGUAUUUUGCACAGACUGACGAGGAGAAGAGACAGGGGCUCCCUGUAGUGAUGCCAGUGUUCGACCGCAAUACCUGCAGCAUCCCCAAGUCCCAGAUCUCCUUCAUCGACUACUUCAUAACGGACAUGUUUGAUGCUUGGGAUGCCUUCGCGCACCUGCCAGCCCUGAUGCAGCACUUGGCAGACAACUACAAACACUGGAAGACCCUGGAUGACCUCAAAUGCAAAAGUCUGAGACUUCCAUCCGACAGCUAAAGCGAGGCCAGGAAAGGGGCCUCUUGAUCCACGAUGGACACUGUGAACCAUGGAGGAGUAUAAACAGGAGGGUUUCCUUUAGAACGAAAACGACGUGUGUAGAUUAAGGAGCUGGUGUUUAAUAUCUGAACUGAAUCAUGCACGCCCCCCCCCCAAUUUCAUUUUUCAGAGCAUUUAUAUUCCAUCAGUAAAAAUAUGUUCUUUUGAAUCACGUAGUGACCUAAUGGCCCACCCGGCAGCCUCCUCUGCCAGGCUGUGUGGGCCCCUACAGAACCACGGAGCUGACUGACUCACUGUAGUUACAAGCAGGACACGGGAAGCAGAGACCUGGCCUCUGUGAGUCCAUCCUUCUGAUGGAGACCAGGGAGCUUAGCCAGUGUUCAGUUCGACUUUCACCAGAAAACUCACUACUGAUCUUCAGCUUCACUGCUUUCCUCCACGGCAAGAGUGUGAAGGACUCCUAAAAAGCUUCUCUGAGGAGAUAUAUGCAAGGAAAAAAGCUACUUUAAGAUGGGGAGAAUAGGACGAGAUCGUCAAUAAACUAGUUAGCAUCACGGCUCCCAGGGCUCCACGGUCAGUAGUGUGAUGCCCAAGGAAGAGCACAGCCUUGGCCUGGUGACUGUUCCUCAGAUGGGUGUCAGCCACCUGUGGAGCCUUCUUUCCUAGAAGGAUCUCGCCUUUUAGGAAGCCAACUGAUGGGGAAGGAGUGGGAUCCUGCUUGGGGGGGGGGGGUGGUCCUUGAGUGUCCCUGACUUCAGGCUCAUGGACACCGCCACAGGUCAAGAGUAUCUAUAAAAGCCAUUAAAUCUGAAUGCUCAUGGGCAAGCUUUUUUAAAAAAUACAAAAUUUAAGAGAAGAAAAAAAUUUAUAUAUAUAUAUAUAUUUGCUGUUCAAAGAUUUUUAUUAAAAUAAUCUAAAUGCCCUGGAUCUUCACCCCUAGAGUUUGCUGGGCAUUACCUGUACAUCUGUAUUUGGGGAGGAAAUGGGCAAGUUUCAAGGUUCAGAUCGUCUUCAUUUAUAUUUGAGACCAUGCCAUUUGCUUUAAUGAUGUAAAAAGGGAUUGCAAGAAGUGUAAAUAUAUCAGAGCAUAGGCAUAUGGAGAGGCAGUAAAUACUAUUUUAAGCUACUAACUGUAUGGUAAGCUUCUGAAGCACAAGUGCAUAUUUUUAUACAACUCUUUUCACAACUUUCUGUGCUCUGCGUAAAGUCAGACUUGAGGUUUUUCCUUUCUCUCUUUUCAGCCAUCCCUUCUCUCUGUAUUAUGAACGUCAGAAACGAAGUAAACAAAGCCCCUUAGUUUUAUUUUAUCUGUACUCCAUGAUGCAUUCUUGAGAGGCACAGAAACUGAACUAAUUGAACCAGUAGCUACAUUUUUCCAAAUGAAAAUUGGACUGCAGACUAUGUAAAAAAUCGGUACAUGGGGAAGAAAAGGACAACUUAUCACUACGUAAUGUGCCAAUGUUUUUUUCUGUGUUUUGUACCAAAGUGUAAACAUAUAUGACAAUUCCAUGCACAGAAAUGCAUCUAAAUUAUUUUUGUUAGACAGUAAGAGGGCUUGCUUGGCCGGACAGAGCUGGCUUUGUAUUGUAGUGCCGCAUUGUGUACGUGUGAUGAAAUGUUUUGUGAUGUACUUGUAACUAAAUUCUUACAGUCAUUUUUUCAUUCCCUA